ACUCCCGACUCCCGACUCCAGAGACGCUUUUCUUCUCUCUCUCUCUCUCUCUCUCUCUCUGGCUUUUGGAAACUUUCUAGCAAAUAGCAGAGUUAACGAAAGACCAUAAAACGAAGAACACGAAACCCAGCAUUAUACCUUAGAGAUCCUUCCUUGGCUUCAUCAAAGAUAAAAAGAUUGAAGUUAGGGGAGGAAGCGGUGCGCCAUACUCGACCACGACAAUCUGAACCGCUGUAGAGAAAUUUAGAUUUAGAAGGAAUUUUAAUUUAAUUUAUUUAAUGGGCUAAACAAAUCCACGUUUUCGUGUUCUCCAUCUAUCUGGUUGCGUGUCUUUUUUGAUGAUCCAGAUUGAGUGCUUGAGGGAAUUUCUUCAAAUCUACAGAUAUCAGUCAUCAGCGUCAUAGUGACACACCGAAGUUAUCUCCGGACAUCCCUCAAGCACCAAGCUCCAAAGGUUUGCGACAAUUGAUCCUUUGUUUAUCCCAGUGCUUUCGAUCUGGUUCUGGGCUUUCCUUGUUAUUAGCUGGGAUUGACUUAGCUGGAACACUGUUCGCGAAGUGUGUUACCUAGAACUGAUGAUGAAAAUCUAUAUGCUUCAAAUACUAAACUGAGGAAUGAGAAAGCAAAUUAGAUGAUCAAUUUGUUAUAGAACUUUGUGGAUUCUUCUGGAGAAAUUAAUCAAGAGAAAGGAAAUAGGAACUGUAAGAGUGUAGAGUGUAGAUGAUUUUCAAGAGUUUGGAGGCAGUGGAAAGAGAAUACUAGUACCUGGUUUGGUAAUACAGACCCAUCUAGCUCGGGCACUGCAAGCUCUGGCAGUGCCCAUGGUUGCAACAGGGGGUGGAACCCCAUCCAUACAAUACCAUGACAUUGCCGAACAACCUGUCACCUCUAUUGUUGCCUCUCCUUCACCUGCAUUUCAGCGCCAACAACGUCAUUGCUUUGGAGAAUCCAUCCCUGGAGAAUUCCCCUUGGCUGCCAACCCUUCAAUCUUUCUCCAUGUUCUCACAUGUUGUAAUAUGGACCCUCGAGAUCUUGCAAAACUUGAGGCAACAUGUUCUUUUUUCAGGCACCCUGCAAAUUUUGACCCUGAUUUUGGCCUGUCCAUAUCAGAGUUGGCUGCUCUGGAUAUGUGCCAGAAGAGAGCCAUAUUUAAGCCAAUGACAACAGAAGAAAGAAAUCUUCUGAGACAAAGGUGUGGGGGUUCUUGGAAGCUGGUCUUAAGGUUUCUGCUGGCUGGAGAAGUAUGUAGCAGGAGGGAGAAAUCACAUGCGGUAGCAGGUCCAGGUCAUAGCAUCGCUGUGACAUCAAAAGGGGCAGUCUAUUCAUUUGGCUCUAACAACUCAGGCCAACUUGGGCAUGGCACAUUGGAAGAUUUAUGGCGGCCUCAGCAAAUCAGAUCUUUGCAAGGAAUUCGGAUUAUUCAAGCGGCAGUUGGGGUUGGUAGGACAAUGUUGAUAAGUGAUGUUGGGAGAGUGUAUGCAUUUGGAAAGGACUCCUUUGGAGAAACUGAAUUAGCAGGCGAAGGAUCUAAAUUUGUUACAACACCACAACCUGUUGAAUCCUUGAAGGACAUAUUUGUUGUUCAGGCUGCAAUUGCGCAUUUCUUUACAGCUUUUCUGUCUAGAGAGGGUAGAGUCUAUACAAUAUCUUGGGGCAAUGACACCAAACUUUGUCAUCAGACUGAACCCAAUGAUCAAAAGCCAUAUCCCCUGUUAGGUCCUCUGGAGAACACACAUGUGGUACAAAUCGCGGCUGGGUAUUGUUACCUCCUAGCCCUGGCUUGUCAACCUAAUGGCAUGUCUGUAUACUCUGUUGGGUGCGGUUUAGGGGGAAAGCUUGGUCAUGGUUCAAAGACAGAUGAGAAAUACCCUCGAUUGAUUGAACAAUUUCAGGAUCUUAAUCUUCAGCCAGUGGUGGUUGCAGCCGGUGCUUGGCAUGCUGCUGUAGUGGGGGCAGACGGACGAGUCUGCACUUGGGGUUGGGGGCGUUAUGGAUGUUUGGGCCAUGGCGACGAAGAAUGUGAAUUGGUUCCAAAAGUGGUGAAAGGCCUAAGUGAGGUCAAAGCUGUCCAUGUUGCCACAGGGGACUAUACAACUUUUGUAGUGUGUGAAAGUGGUGAUGUGUAUUCAUUCGGAUGUGGAGAAUCAUCUAGUCUCGGACACAAUAUUGGUCCUGAUGAACAGGGAAAUAGGCAUACAAAUGUUUUGUCACCGGAGCUGGUGUCGUCGCUAAAGCAGGUGAAGGAGCGUGUUGUACAAAUCAGCCUCACGAAUGCCGUUUAUUGGAAUGCCCACACCAUUGCACUCACCGAAUCAGGAAAGCUAUAUGCAUUUGGUGCAGGUAACAAAGGCCAGUUAGGUGUGGAACUUGACCGGAAUGAGAGGGGGAAUCCAGAGCUUGUUGACAUUGAUCUCAGUUAACUAUAAAUUGCUUCCUGUCUGCAAUCUCUCUCUCCUACCCCAGUAGUUCCCUAUGAUUCAUUGUCUUCAUCAUCAUUGAUAACAACUGCUUUAGUGUUCAGAUUUACUUUGUUUAUGAUUGUAUAUAGAUAAAUGAUAUCUGUCUACUCUUGUAUAUAGAAGAAAACAACUCUCUUUAAUAUGUUUGCUCUACUUCUCUUUCUUUC